AUGCGGGAAGUGCUAGCCAAUGUGGCUGUUUUUGUCACCUCCAAGUCGACAAUCGAGCCCUGCUCGAACGCCGACUCGUGCAAUGCCUUGCUCGGCUACACCGUCUACACCGAGCUCAAGGUCUCAGAGGUCGCCUCCCUCUUCCAGGUUGACCCAAUUGCUCUCCUCACCGCCAAUGCCAUCGACAUUUCGUACCCCGACGUCGAAAACCACAUCCUCCCCUCCCAGCUCUUCCUCAAAGUCCCAAUCAUCUGCUCCUGCGUCGACGGGAUUCGAAAGUCAGUGUCUACCCACUACAAGACCCGGUCUUCCGACACGCUGGCCUCCAUUGCUGAUUCGGUGUACUCUGGCUUGGUAUCGGAUGACCAGAUUCGGGAGGCCAAUUCGAUUUCGGACCCUUCUGUGCUCGACGUGGGGCAAACCCUUGUGGUGCCUCUGCCCUGCACUUGUUUCAAUGGGACUGAUAAUUCGCUGCCGGCUAUCUACUUGUCUUAUGUGGUGAACCCGGAGGACACACUGGCGGGGAUUGCCGCCCGGUACUCGACUACCCUCACCGAUUUGAUGAAUGUGAAUGCCAUGGGGAACACAGCUAUUAAGGCUGCUGAUAUACUUGCAGUGCCAUUGCCAGCUUGUGCAUCAAACUUUCCUAAAUCUGCUCAAGACUAUGGCUUGAUCGUGCCCAAUGGUAGCUAUGCCAUUACAGCAAGCCACUGUUUGCAAUGCAGUUGUGGGCCUGGGAGUCUCAAUUUGUACUGCCAGCCUGCUUCAUUAGCAGUUUCAUGUUCGAGCAUGCAAUGUAGAAACAGUAACCUCAUGGUCGGGAACGUUACAGUUCAGCAGAGUGGUGGUGGUUGCAAUGUCACUUCUUGUAACUAUGGUGGUUUUGUGAAUGGAAGCAUCGUCUCAACGUUGUCUACAUCUCUUCAGCCCCGUUGCCCAGGUCCACAGAAAUUUCCACCACUUAUAGCCCCACCUACCUCAGUAAUCCGUGACACAAUGUUUGCACCCGCACCUGCUCCCGAGUCAGAUGGUUCUAUUGGUGGGAUACCCAAGUCACCUUCAGUGUUACCCGGGGUGCUUCCAGCAGGAUUGCCCCCUAUAGGUGGCCCUGCUGGGAUUGCUUCUGAUGCCUGCUCACUGAUCAAUCCAUUGGGCAAUUUCCCAACCGCGGUUCUGCUACUUUUGUAUGUCAAGUUCAUGAUUGCCAUCUUAUGAUGAUUUCCGUUUUGUGCUCUUGAUCGUUGUUUCACCAUCGGAUUCCUAUUUAUUUGUAGUGUUGAACUGAUUUUGUGGAUGUGGCGAACCGUCAUUGGUGGGUUUUAAUUAGUGAUGGGUUUUGUUUUGCUCAACUAUCAGAUUAUGCACUGUGAGUCGGUGAGUGUGAGGUAGUGGAAGUUGCCAUCUCUGUAAUCUAUCCUUGUUGCCAAUUUCUUGAGUCUCAGGAUAUUGUCUAGGCAGACCCCUUACUGGCAUUUUUGUUAUGAUCUCUAUUCUCUAA